GACAAGGGAGCUCGCCCCUCCCCUCUCCGACCUCACGCAACGUUCGCGUCAUGAAUGAAUAUCCCGUCGUCCUUUGCGCCGCCUUCUCUCUUUCCCCGGAACCAACAUGUCUAAGCGAGGACGUGGUGGUUCGUCCGGUGCGAAGUUCCGCAUCUCCCUGGGUCUCCCUGUGGGAGCUGUGAUUAACUGUGCAGAUAAUACAGGUGCCAAGAACCUCUACAUUAUCUCUGUGAAGGGGAUUAAGGGACGUCUGAACAGACUGCCAGCUGCUGGUGUAGGUGACAUGGUUAUGGCUACAGUCAAGAAGGGCAAGCCUGAGCUCAGGAAGAAGGUGCAUCCAGCAGUGGUAAUUCGGCAACGGAAAUCAUACCGGAGAAAAGACGGGGUGUUUUUAUAUUUUGAAGAUAAUGCAGGAGUAAUAGUAAAUAACAAAGGAGAAAUGAAAGGUUCUGCCAUCACAGGCCCGGUGGCAAAGGAGUGCGCAGAUUUGUGGCCCAGGAUAGCCUCCAAUGCAGGCAGCAUUGCCUAAACCUGUUCCAUCCUCUGUGUAGCUUGACAAUAAAACUGGUUGUACCAAAA